UCGAGCUGAUCGUGCACAGUUUGUCGCAUGGUAAUACCUAGGUCGAUGAAAAUAAUUAGGAGCCUAUUUUUCUGAGUGGAAUCUGAAAGAAUGUGGCUAGAAGAAUGCGACAGUUUUGCGGAAUUAUGUCGAGGAUAUCUGCCAUACUAUUUAUUAAUCAUUUUACCAAUCUUUAUCAUUAUCUCCCCGGUUAACCCAGUUGCGGCAUCGCACGAAUUUCCUGUAUAUCGGAUGCAUCAGUAUGACUUGCACGGCGAACCUCACGGUUGCCGUAGUGCCCCUGUUUCUUUGGAAGCAAGAUCUCUCACUGGAUGGAGCACCUCUAGACACUGUGUUGUUGCUAAAGCCUUGGACCUUACACCAAAUCACUUUUACUCGAUUAAGAACAAGGCAGGAGCCCUGAUAGUAGUUUUGCCAGAGAAAAUUGCAGAAUUGACGAUAGAAGAAAAACAGCAUAUUAUGAGCUUAGAAGAUUGUAUGAUGUUUGGACCAGAAACAAUGAUACCAGUGUAUUUCGCUUCCUGGCAUCCAGAUCUUCAAACUAUUUUGGACGACCUUGCCAGUGGAUUUAUCAUGGAUGAAAAAACAGGUUCUGCCGCCGAAGCGAUGUUUAAUUUUAUAUCCGCCAGUGGUUAUCAAGUGGUGGUACCAACUGGGCAAGCGCUCGCCAAGACGGACGUUAAAGUAGCUACUUUGCACGGAAAGUUAACCGGUACCAGAGCGGAGGAAAAAUUACCCACAAUUGCCUUGGUAACGCAUUACGAUAGCACGGGAGUUGCGCCCGAAUUGUCGUUUGGAGCAGACAGCAAUGCAUCUGGAAUGGCUAUGUUAUUAGAAAUAGCACGAUUAUUCUCCACUUUGUAUUCUACCAGCAGAUCAAGGCCACAGUACAACCUUGUCUUCAUCAUAACUGGUGCUGGAAAGCUAAAUUACCAAGGCAGUAAAAAAUGGUUAGAAGAUCAGCUGGAUGGUCUCGAGGGCUCCAUAAUACAAGACGCAGCUUACGUCAUCUGCCUCGAUACAGUAUCUACUAGCGAUAAUAUUUAUGUGCACGUUUCAAAACCGCCGAAAGAAAAUUCCACGGGCGGUCUUUUUUACAAAGAACUUAAAGCAGUGUCCGACUCAUUGAACGGCACUACCGUGGAAGGUGUGCACAAGAAAAUAAAUUUAGCCGACAAAUCGCUAGCUUGGGAACACGAGAGAUACAGUAUGCGAAGAUUACCGGCAACAACUUUAUCCACCUUAAAGAGUCACGAAGAUCCAAUCAGAACGACAAUCUUAGAUUUAAUGAAAGCAGGACAAAUAGAUAAGUUGUACAAACAUACUCAAGUAGUCGCGGAAGCGUUAGCAAGACAUAUAUAUAAUUUGAGCUCUAGUCAAAUUUUCAUGGAUCCACUGGAAGUUUCGAAGGAAUCAUUAACUUUAUGGUUUAGUUACUUAGCAUCGCAACCAAGAGCUGCCCCCUUAUUGGCAGACAAGCAUAAUACGUUAGUUGGCACACUGGAAGAAGCAAUGGCUAGAUAUCUUGGGGAUGUCAAAGUUACCUUGCACAGUCCUGACAAACAAGAUCCAGAAUUCGUAUUUUACGAUGUUACAAAAGCUACGCUGAACGUAUACAGUGUAAAACCCGCUGUAUUUGAUCUCUUUCUCACAAUUGCCAUCAUUGUAUACCUGGGGAUACUUUAUGUAAUCAUACACAAUUUCCCACGUGCAUAUUCGUUAGCGACUCGUUUUUCAGUUAAGAACAAAGCAUCGUGAAAUUGUUAUUAAACAUUAAAACUUCAUUAACUGCAUUGUAAAAUAAGAAACUUGCUGCAGAUUUUCUUAACGAAUCUUAAUAUAUAACAAGCAUUGUAGGUUCAAAUUGAAGAUCAAACAAAGUUAUAUGUACAUUAAUUUUGCUCGCAUAAAUCCUGAAUUAAAGACUAUCUAUCGUUCUACGUCUUAUCCAGAUCUCUAAUCGUAGAUAUCUGUAUUACUAUAUAGUUACGAAUUUAAAUUUAAAUUUCCAUCCUCCUAUUGCUUCCAAUAAUAAUUAUACGAACAAAUGUAUGAACAUUUGAGAAAAUUGGCAAAAAUCUAUAUUAGAAAUUACCAUCCUGAUAAUGUAUUAUUCGUGGCUUAAUACAAAUUAUUGUGUAAGAUUACGUGAUAAUUAAGACCAAGUUAUGACAGACCAAAUAGUGAGAUUUCAGAAUGCAAUUUGUGACAAAAAAGACUGGCAGAUUUAAGCAUAAAUGCAAAACAAAUACAGAACUUUAAUGUUACAAUGUAUUUAGUAAUAAAAGUAAUAAUUCCAAACCUUAUAUAGGAUAAUAGUAUGCUAAUUUUAUUCAGAUGCAUUAUAACGAAUUCAUUUAAUGUAUUUGCUAAACAAUUGUUGCUAUGUUUCUAACAUCAUAUACAAUAUUCGUAUUAUAAAUAUUACAUUGCUGCACAAGUUCUGACUACUGACUUCUAGUUGAAUAAAAAAUAAUAAAUGUUAGAUACAAACCUUAUUGUUUCUAAUGUGGUACUCUUAUAAAUGUUAUCUAAACCAGCUAUAAAGGUAUUGCUCAAAAUAAUCAAAGGGCCUUGCGUUUGGAGAAUGAACUAUACAUAUAUUGGGAAUCGAUUUUUACAUUUUCACGAAUUUUAGGAUACUAUACCUACUUCCUCUUUUGAUUAAUAUUGCCAGCGUUUAAAAAUCUCGAAGAUUCUCGGAAAUAUGAAGCUUUUUAUAGAAGUUAAUCUCGAUUCUUUAUGUUUGUAUUAUAUAAAAAU